GCCCUGGAAGUCAGAUGUCUGGGUCCCCAGUGGAGCAGAAUCCAAGGCUCUUGGGGAGGGGUUCUAUCUGGAACCCCCUUGGAUGGCGGAGUGAUGCUGGGAGAUUUAGCUACUGGCCUGCUAGGCAGUAAGGAGUUAAAUGGCUCUUUUGUCACCUGAGCCGGGCAUCAAAUGGCCUGGUCCAGGUCCUCUUGGAAGGGGCGGAGCCAGGCCUGUCCUGGGCCUCUCCUGCAGCCUCAGGCCCAGUGACUCCAGCGGAGGAGCUCUGGGAUACUCUUAUCGAGGGAAGAGGUCUUACCGGCUGCCCUCACCUGACUCUGUGUCCCCAGGCCCCCAGCCAUGGCCCUAUCCCUGCCUCUGGGCACUGGACUUGGCUCAGAGCCCCUCAGCCACCCCCCAGGAGCCCCUAGGGAGCCGGACUUUGUUGGACCUACGGUCUGCCCUGCUGCCGGAGAGGAGAGCACCAGCCCAGAGCAGGCCCAGACCCUGGAACAGGACGCCUUGGGCCCUCCUGAGCACUUCCAGGGUGGGCCAAGGGGUAAUGAGCCCACCGCUUGUCCCCCAAGAUGGUCAACACCCUCUUCCCAUGAGGACCCAGCUGGGGGCAGACAUUGUGAGGAGCUUUGAAAACCUGGAAGGCCCCCCAGUGGGAGCGACCCUGGUGCAGACAGACCUGGAGAUGGACUCUGCUGCAGAGAAAUUUCCAGAAGCUUACAGAAGAGGGGCCCUCCAGGCGGACCUACGAGGGGCAGCUGAGCGUGUGGAGGCGCUGAUAACGUUUGGUGAGGGGCUGGCACAGCGAAGUGAGCCGGGGGCCUGGGCAGCCCUGGAGCAGAUCCUGCGGGCCCUGGGAGCUCACCGAGACACCAUCUUCCGGAGGCUCUGGCAGCUGCAGGCCCAGCUGGUCAGCUACAGCCUGGUGUUCGAGGAGGCCAACACACUGGACCAAGACUUGGAGAUCGAGGGAGACUCGGACUGGCCAGGACCUGGUGGGGUGUGGGGGCCCUGGGCACCCAGUAGCCUUCCCACUUCCGCAGAAUUGGAGUGGGAUCCGGCGGGGGACAUUGGGGGCCUUGGGCCCUUAGGACAAAAGACUGCCCGGAUACUAGGAGCGCCCUGUGAGCUGUGUGGCCACAGAGGCCCCCAGGGCAGGGGACAAGGCCUUGAGGAACCACACUCCUCUCACUCCCGACAGGACAUGCUGGAGUCCAGCCUCAGCCACCGAAGAAAACACUUAGCAGGUCACCGAAGACGCUCCCUGCUCCGAAAGCCUCAGGGCUCCGGAUCCCGCACCCAGGUGGCCCCUGACCUUCCUCCUUAUCCUUUUCCUUCUCUUCCUCCUCCUGGUGGGUGCCAUGUUUCUUCUGCCUGUGUCAGGAGGCCCCUGCUGCUUUCACGCCCGAAUGCCCCGGAUACCCUACCUGGUGCUCAGCUAUGUCAAUGGUCUCCCCCCAGUCUGAUGUGUGUAAUAAAUGGUCACUGUCAGAGAAAGUGUGAGGAUACUGGGUGCUUGCCUAGCCAGAAUCUAGAAUGUGGCCUGCAUAUGUCUGAACAGACCCUUUUGCCACGAGCACAGAGCACAGAACUGCAUCAGCCCAUCUUGGCUGGAGCUGCUCCAGACCCUGACACAAGGGGUCAAAUACCAGUUCUUUAUUUAGGUGUGGCAGAGGAGCCAAGAUGUAAGCUCAGGAAGGGAGAAAGCCAAUACUGGGUGAGUUACUGGUUGCUGCUCUGGGCACCUGGGGUGCCAUGCCAUUGGGGAGCUCUGGGAAAUUGUGGAACACAGUUCAAACUGGUUCUACCCUAGGGGCAAAGAAGUUGUGGCUUUUUUUUUUUUUAACAGAGUCCUACUCUGUUGCCCAGGUUGGAGUGCAGUGGUGCAAUCUCAGGUCACUGCAACCUCCGCUUCCAGGAUUCAAGCAAUUAUUCUGCCUCAGACUCCAGAGUAGCUGUGAUUAUAGGCGUGUGCCACCAUACCAGGCUCCUUUUCGUUUGUUUGUUUUGUUUUUUUUUUGACACAGGGUCUCAUUCUGCUGCUCAGGUUGAAGUGCAGUAGCUUGAUCUUGGCUCAUUGCAACCUCUGCCUCCUGGUUUCAAGCGAUUCUCUGGCCUCAGCCUCCCAAGUAGCUGGGACUACAGGCACGUGCCAUCAUGCCUGGCUAAUUUUUGUAUUUUUAGUAGAGACAGGGUUUUGCCAGUUGAUCAGGUGGGUCUUGAACUCCUGACCUCAGGUGAUCCACCCACCUCAGCUUCCCAAAGUGCUGGGAUUACAGGCAUGAGCCACCAUGCCCAGCUUAGUUUUUGUAUUUUUGUGAGCUACCGUGCCUGACCCACAUUUCUAUACUAGCUCUCAUCUCUCAUCGUUGAAGAGUUUUCCCGGACAUUUUAACGCCCCAGUAUUCCCAGCCCUCUGGCCUGUGAAGGUCCCUCCCUGAGGCAAAGCAGCACAGGUGCUUGCCUGAAGCAGGCACAGGAAGGUGCAGGUGAUACGGGGGGAGCUGCUGUCGGCAUCUGCUGUGGCCUGACUUGCAUCCUUAGAUGUGCUCGUUCAAAUAUUCCAUGUAGCGGGCUCCUGGGUUGGGCCAUCACUGACUCAGGACUGUGAAAUCCCUCUUCCCGCUAUCUUAACAACACCAGGCUAAAUUGCCUAUAGUCCAGUCUCCCCAGAGCUUAAGGUAUCGGGACAAGAGGUAGGGGCAGAAUGAGACUCAAGAACAGAUGCAGGAGCCCUGUGUGGGGCCCCAGAAUGCACCCUUCACACAGAUCUGGGCUCCUGUAAUUCUCAAAACUGCUAGCAAUGUGGCCCCACUUUACAGCAUAGGAAAUAGGCUCAAAGAGGGGAAGUCACUGGCCCAGGCCACACUAGUGAGAGCCCAACUCUCACUGACAUUAAAACAGAAAUGGGAAUUAAUUAAUUUAAGACUGAGUUUCUCUCCGUCACCCAGGCUGGAGUGCAGUGGCGCGAUCUCGGCUCAGAUCGCUGCAACCUUGGUCUCCUGGGUUCAAGAGAUUCUCCUGCCUUGUCUCUGAGUAGCUGGGACUCCAGGCACACACCACUGCACCUGGAUAAUUUUUGUAUUUUUAGUAGAGAUGGAGUUUCACCAUGUUCGCCAGGUUGGUCUCCAACUCCUCACCUCAGGUGAUCUGCUUGCCUUGGCCUGCCAAAGUGCCGGGAUUACAGUCAUGAGCCACCGUACCCAGCCUGGGAAUUUAUUUAUAUAGGUAACAGAAGUUCAGGACUUCAGGACUGGGUACAGUGGCUCACACCUGUAAUCCCAGCACUUUGAGAGGCCAAGGAAGGAUCACUUGAGCCCAGCAGUUCAAGACCAGCCUAGGCAACAUAGUGAGACUCUGUCUCUAUAAACAACAAAACAAAAGAAAAAUAUAAAUUAAGGACUUCAGGCAUAGUUAGAUGGUAAGGCUCUAAUGCUGUCUCUUGUCUCUCAUUUCUUUCCUCUAUUUUGGCUUCAUUCUUAUCCUAGCAAUGGCCUGAGUGACCCUCAAAACCUCCAGCCAUACGUAGCUGAGUCCAAGUCAUAUAAUUCACUGCACAACAGGCAGUAAGUAGAGAAAAGUGUUGGGGCGAAGAAAGCAACUUCAUACGAGGCCAGGUGCAGUGGCUCACGCCUGUAAUCCCAUCACUUUGAGAGGCUGAGAUGGGUGGAUCACCUGAGGUCAGGAGUUUGAGACCAGCCUGGCCAAUGUGGUAAAACCCGGUCUCUACUAAAAAUACGAAAAAAAAAAAAAAGAAACCCCGCUGUGGUGGCAUGUACCUGUAGUCCCAGCUACUCAGGAGGCUAAGGCAGGAGAAUUGCUUGAACCUGGGAGGCGGAGAGUGCAGUGAGCCAAGACUGCGCCAUUGCACUCCAGCCUGGGUGACACCGUCUCAAGAAAAAGGCAAGCAACUUCAUUUGGAGACACAGCAAACCAAGAAGAUGGCAGACUAGUGUCCUAAAGAACCAUCUCAAGUUUGUAUAAAUUUUAGGUUUCUUUUUAUGCUAAGGGAAGAGGGUUGAGGUUAGAAGGUAACCAAUGGGCUCGCGCCUUGGUGGCUCACGCCUGUAAUCCCAGCACUUUGGGAGGCCGAGGCAGGUGGAUCAAAUGAGGUCAGGAGUUUGAGACCAGCCUGACCAACAUGGUGAAACUCCAUCUCUACUAAAAAAUACAAAAUAUUAGCUGGGUAUGGUGGCGUGUGCCUGUAAUCCCAGCUACUUGGGAGGCUGAGGCAGGAGAACUGUUUCAACUUGGCAGACAGAGGUUGCAGUGAGCCAAGAUUGUGCCAUUGUACUCUAGCCUGGGUGACAAGAGCAAAACUCCAUCUCAAACAAACAAACAAAAAAGGUGACCAAUGACUAUAGACAUCUCGAUGCCAGAAGAAAACUUCUUUGAUGAUGCCGGUCAGGUCACAUAAAAUAUUCUUGUAAAUCUUUAUUAUAACAUUGUUACUUGUGAGUACAAUUUCCUAUCUCCUGGUGGGGUGGUUAGUUUUGGGAAAGGGACGGUUAUUUUUUUCUAAAGUUGAACUACAAAUUCCUUCUAUAAUUAGCUUGUCUACACCCAAAGCUAAGCAGAAGCUUUUAACCUAAAGGAUAUUACUGCAGGCCAUCAGAUGCAAAAUGGAGUCAGUCAUUCUAAGCCUCCCUCCACUGUGACAUACACACACCACCAAUUUAGCAGCCAAUAGUAGAGUCACUGUUCCUUUGUAGUUCCAACCAAAGUCCCAAGGCUGCUUCUCUGGCUUCAGUCACAUGCCCCACCUUUGCUGGGGGCUGCAGUCAGCCCUGCCCUAACCAUGUGGACUGAAAAUGGCAGAAGGGUGGGUAUCAAGAGAGUAUCAAGUUGUUGCUACUGGAAGAGGGGAACAGACACUGAUGGAGUGGGGGAAGCUGCAGAUUCUGGGAGAGACUCCAGAUUCAGGGAAAAGUCAGGACACAAACGGGAUUUGUCCUGUUUCAAAGGCCAGGCCGAGACUCUGGCAUCAACCAGAGAGGAGGUAUUGGUUCCCCCUGAGAUCACCAGCAAAUAGAGGGGACAGACUUGGCAAUAUUGACCCAAGAGGCAGUAAUGGAGCACAUCUGUGUCAUUCAUUCAUUUAAUAAACAUUGACAGUCUGCUAUGAGUCAGGUCCUGGUCAAGGAACAGAGACAGGACAGUAAACAAGAUGGAUUAAAAUCCAGGUCCUUCUGGAGCUUGGGGAGAUUGACC